AGCCAGUUUCCCCCGGAUAUAACUCCUCUUAUUCUUGCAGCACAUUAUAAUAACCAUGAAAUUAUUCAAAUGUUUAUAUCUCGAAAUCAUACAAUACCUAAACCUCAUCCAAUAUCCUGUACUUGUGCCGACUGUGCUACUAAACAGAACUAUGAUUCUUUGAAAAGAUCUCGAUCCAGAUUAAACGCAUAUCGAGCACUAGCUAGUCCAGCUUACAUGGCCCUCUCUAGUCCUGAUCCUAUCAUGAAUACAUUUGAAUUACGACAAGAGAUGAUGAAACUUCAAGAAGUAGAAAAAGAAUUUAAGGUGAGUUUU